UAUGGCAUUUCGAACGCACCGGUAGCCGAAUAAACAUGAUUCUGGUUCUGAUUCUCGGAGCUUGACUGUUGAAAUGUUUGCACGGAACCACCAUCGAACGGAGGGGGGCAGCAAAGACACUGAAUCAUGUACUCCGCAUGCGCGAAGAAGAAAGCCUUCUGCUGUUUCCUCUUCCUCUGCCUUCGUGUUUCCCCCAGACGCCAGGCUUCUCUGCAGACUCGUCCAGCUUCUCUGCAGACUCGUCCAGCUCCUCUGCAGACUAAGUCAGCAAUGCAGCAACGAGAGGAAAAGCAGCUGGAAGCGGCAGUGGACUCGCUCAUUUUUCCAGUGGCUCACGUCAAAAAUGCUCUCCACAAUUUCAUAAACAAGUUGGAAAAUGAAUACGAGCGUUUGACAUGGCCCUCUGUUCUGGACAACUUUGCGCUUCUCUCUGGUCAGCUGAAUACCAUCAAUAAAUUGCUUAAGAAUGAGAAAACACCGUCUUUUCGUAACCAGGUGAUAAUACCGCUGCUUCUGUCUCCAGAUCGAGAUGAGGACUUAGCAAAACUCACAGAACAGCGUGUCCCAGUGUUCAGUCAUGAGAUUGUCCCAGAUUAUUUGAGGACCAAACCUGAUCCGGAGGUGGAGGAGCAGGAAAAGCAGCUGAGUGUAGAGGCAGCACGGAUUGGUCCUGAAGUGGCUCAGAAACAGAUCCAGACAUUGAAUAAACUGUGUUCUAAUCUGCUGGAGAAGCUGAGCAACCCACGUGAGGACAGAGAUGCAGAAAGUGCAGCAAUACGACAGAACAAGCCAUUUUUCAACCCUGCUGACACUAAUGCAUUAGUUGCAGCUGUUGCGUUUGGAAAAGGGCUUUCUAAAUGCCGGCCUCCGGGCCCCGUGGCCCCUGCUCACCCAGGACAGGGGUCCAUGAUGAGUGGGGGUCCAACUUUACAACAAGUCACCAUUGGGGGCGGUGCUGGGCAGCAAUCGAGUAUGGGAGGAUCUGUAGCUGCACAACAGCAAGGACAGCCAGGAAAAAUGCCAAGCAGCAUCAAGACAAACAUCAAAUCUGCAACUGGUUCCAUGCAUCCUUAUAACAGAUGACGGCCUCCCUUUCAUCAGUGUUUUUUUUUUUUCUCCAUGGGCAAAAGAAUAUUUACAAUGCAAGUGGGUCAUCGCUACAUGGUAUGGUGUAUUUUUCAUGAACAUGACCAGAUUUCGAGAACCAGUUUCUCAUAUCCAACUAAAACGUUUGUUCUGAAAAUGGUUUGAAAAAAUAUGAAUAAACUUGUUUGUUUGUCACAGAGCAGGUUGUGAUUUUUGGAAACCACAUAAGGGCUUCAGUGUUGGAAGCAUUAGAUGGUAACAUAUAAUUCAUUGGAGUCCUGCAUCUUUUUGUGUGUUGGAAUUUUAAUAAAGAUGCUUUUUUCAUAAU